AUGGUUGCAGUAUCGAUGCUGUUGUUUUUGAGUCAUGUAAGCGGUGCUAUUGGUUGUAUACCAACUAUACAAACAACAACAGCAGCACCAGUUUGCUGCCCAGUAAUCACAACAAAUAAUCCACCAAGAGUACGACCGGUAACUGGUAGUGUUGGUGCUAAUCUGGAUCAGUGUUCUGUGUUCCGCAGGUUUACAAGAGGAAAUUGUCCAAGUGAAGCUAUUCUGGUUUGCUCCAGAGCUCCAGGAACUACAGUAUCUCAAGUUGUUCUGGAACUUGUUGAUGGUACAAAUAUUGUUGCAACAAGUACCGGUGCUACACAAGCAAUUAUAAUUAUUACUUGUUCGGCAACUGGUGUUUGGCAGUUUGUUAAUGCAAAUGGUGUCGGUUUACCGUUCACCGGUGCAGUAUGUUCACAGGGAACGUUAACAUCCGGCGAUUAUGUUUACGACGUGCAACCUUAG